AUGCUGGUGCUGAAUGUGAUCGUGAGCGGGAUUCUGGGCAGCGGCUCCGCAAAUCGGGUGCUGAGCGGUCAGACAGUUUGUUAUGGAGGCCCAGAGCACCCGUGCUACAAGAUUGCCUACUUCCAAGACCUGAGUAGGCGCAUCGGCUUCAAGGAGGCAAGCCAGGCAUGCGAGAUGGACCAGGGAGCACUGCUCAGCAUCAGGUCUCCUGACGAGCAGAAGCUGAUAGAGAACCUCCUGCAGGACCUAACCAAGUCCGGCUCGACCCUCUCGGAUGGAGAUUUCUGGAUUGGCCUGAGACGCAGUGGGGGGGGACAGACCCACAGCACCUUCAGUGGGUGUCCCGACCUUUAUGAGUGGACCGAUGGCAGUCCUGAAAAGUACAGGAACUGGUAUGCAGAUGAACCAUCGUGUGGCAGCGAAGCAUGCGUGGUGAUGUACCACCAACUGACUGCUCAGCCCGGCCUGGGUGGACCAUACCUCUAUCAGUGGAAUGAUGACAGGUGUAACAUGAAGCACAACUUCAUCUGCAAGUAUGCAGCAGUUUCAGAAAAUGCCUCCACGGAGCCAGAAGUCAAAGUUGGUGCGCCCAGUAAUUCAGGGGAUGGCCAGAAAGUGAUUGUGACAGAGUCAUCAGGGAUAAUGCCCAAUGUGGUGUACGUCAUCAUUCCCACAAUCCCCCUGCUGCUGUUGCUGGUCGUUGCCAUGGCAACUUGCUGCAUCCAGAUGCUGAGCAGAAGUAAAGACCGAUCAAAGACCAGCCCCAAUGAGUCAACAUUCUGGAUAUCUCCAGCUCCAAAGAAGGAUGAUCAGGCUGAUGUGUAG